CAACAAGGCGCUGCUCGGGCGUGGCAGUACCUGCUUUGCUCUUGGCCGUGUUUGCGUGCGUCAGGUAUCGUAUCUUCCUCCGCUGCGCGGAUAACACCGAUGCAGAAAGUUUAUUCUGGCAUAUUCAAAUGAACCGAGUCGAAAUCCAAAAGAAAGAUGUUUAUCUCAUAGUUUAUUCCGAUACAAAAUAAUGUUUUUAUUUUUAAAUGGAUUCAUUUCGUUAAGUUUUAACCCGUCGUUUACAUAGUGAGUGAUACAAUGAAAGACAUACACCUGCCAUCCGAUUCAUGUAUCAAUGGUUCAGUAAUAAGGAUCUUCUGUGCCACAUCCGCCUCUGUUUGUGUGUUUGACACGGGUAGCAACACAUCUUUUAGCGUGGACUCCAAUAAAAACUCUACAGUCAACACAGCAGUUCCCGCCAUUGACAAAUGGAGCAACUACAAUUUCUGGACGGGUUUGACACUGGCCGUGCUUUCAGCUUUCCUCAUAGGUGGAAGUAUUAUCCUGAAAAAGAAGGCAUUGCUGCGUUUGGCCAGUACUGGGGAGACGAGAGCAGCUGAGGGAGGUCAUGGGUACCUGAAGGACUGGCUGUGGUGGGGAGGGCUUUUGACAAUGGGUGGAGGUGAAGCAGCAAACUUCACAGCGUACAUGUUUGCUCCAGCCACAGUGGUGACCCCUUUAGGAGCUCUCAGUGUUCUUAUCAGUGCAGUACUGUCCUCCCACUUGUUUGGAGAAACAAUGAAUCUGCUAGGAAAACUUGGCUGCAUGCUCAGCAUACUGGGAAGCACUAUAAUGGUUAUACAUGCACCUGAAGAGGAAGAAGUGACGACUCUUGCAGAAAUGACAGUGAAACUGCUGGAUCCUGGUUUUCUGGUGUUUGCCAGCAUCCUACUGGUUGCCUGUAUGAUCCUGAUCUUUUACGUCUCUCCUCGCUUCGGUCAAUCCAACAUAUUAGUCUACAUCAGCAUCUGCUCUCUGCUAGGAGCGUUUACCGUGUCCUCGGUCAAGGGCCUCGGCAUUGCGAUCCGCACCAUGUUCUCCGACCUUUCGGUGGCCAGUCACCCUCUCACCUGGAUUCUUUUGCUGACCUUAAUUGGAUCCAUCAUCAUCCAGGUCAACUAUCUGAAUAAGUCGCUGGACACCUUCAAUACGCUCUUGGUGUAUCCCAUCUACUACGUCUUCUUCACCACCGUGGUCCUGAGCACCUCUGUGAUUCUGUUUAAAGAGUGGGGAGCCAUGUCAGGAGUGGAUGUGGUGGGCACCAUCGGGGGCUUCUUGGUGAUUGUGGUCGGGGUGAGCAUGCUGCACAUCUUCAAAGACUUGAAUGUAUGUUUUGAAGAUCUGAGGAGCAAUCUCUGUCAGCCGCUAGGUCAGGAGAGCCCAUCGAAGAGGGAGGACAAGCACAUCCUCAUAGAGCACAUAGACAGCCUGCCGCCCAUGAGAGAGGAAGGGCCCAGAGUCUUCAUCAUCAGCUGAGAUUGUAUCAAAUAUAGUUGGAAGAUGCAGUUUAGUAAUAUCUUCACUGUCUUAAUUGUUUAUUUCCUCUGCUGAGUGCUGUUGUACUGUGACGCAGUAGUUUGAAUGGCCUGCUGCUGAGUACAGUGAUGACGCAGACAUUUUCUUCAAAAAUAUUAUUUUGCUGUUGUGACUUGAAUGAACUCUAAGCAGCCUUGGAAAUAUUUAAAGAUUGAAACACCAUAUACAGAACAUGACGCAGCAGAAAUUCAAAUCUUGCUGCUGAGAAUUACCACCUAAUUUACAAAACAUUUAAUCAUCUUUUUUUCUUGGAUGCAACCGUGUGGGUUAUCGUUCCAGAGAAAUAUCUUGAAAUAGAUCAAAAUAUAUUUAUUUACAUAAAUAUUUGAAUGUAAAAAAAUGUUUCACAGGAAAUGUAUUGUAGUUUGGCUUGAAAAAAAAAAAACUAUUAUUGAAUGUUUUGGCUAAUUUGAUAAUGCUUUCUUUUGCUUCUACUAUAAAGCAGUAUCACAUUCA